AUGACGUCCGCCGCCGCCUCCGGCGCAGCACCACUCGCCGUCCUCGCCUCCACCCGCGCCGUCCUCACGCUGCCUGACAACUCCCUGAUCCUGUCCCCUGCCACCAUCUCCAUCUCGCCUCUGACGGGCAAGAUUGUCUCCAUCGUGCGCCAUGUCGUCCCCGCGAGCAGCUUCCCCCCCGGCACCGUCUACACGGACCACUCGCCGAGGCUGCUGCUGCCGGGCCUAGUCGAUGCCCACGUCCACCUCAAUGAGCCCGGCCGCACGGAAUGGGAGGGCUUCUGGACUGGCACGCGGGCGGCGGCCAGCGGCGGCGUGACGACGGUCAUUGACAUGCCGCUCAACGCCAUCCCGCCCACGACGACGGUCAGGGGCUUCGAUGAAAAGCUGCGGGCGAGUCAGGGCCAGUGCUGGGUCGACGUGGGCUUCUACGGAGGCGUCGUUCCUGGAAAUGCAGAAGAGCUCAAGCCGCUGGUCGAGGCCGGCGUCAGGGGCUUCAAGGGCUUCUUGAUCGAGUCUGGCGUCGACGAGUUUCCCGCCAUUUCGUCAAAAGACGUUGCCCUGGCCAUGGAAACGCUCAAGGACAGCGCCACGACCCUCAUGUUCCACGCCGAGAUGGUACCCUCGUCGGAAGCCCGGCCUGGCGGCGACGUGGAGCCGGCUCCGAGCGGAAAUCUGACGGCAUACCGGACCUUUCUCGACUCGCGGCCGCCAGUCUACGAGACCUGCGCCGUCGAGGAGAUCCUGACGCAUGCGCACGUGGCGCCCUCGCUGCACCUGCACAUUGUCCACCUCUCGGCCACGCAGUGCAUCCCGCUGCUCAAGGCGGCGAGGGCACGCGGCGUCAACAUCACGGCCGAGACGUGCUUCCACUACCUCGGCCUGUCGGCGGAGGAGAUUGCGCAGGGCGACACCCGGCACAAAUGCUGCCCGCCCAUCCGCGAGGCCGCCAACCGCGACGGCCUGUGGGAGGAGCUCGUGGCCGACGACUCGUGCAUCAAGACGGUCGUGUCGGACCAUUCGCCCUGCACGCCGGAUCUGAAGCUACUGCCGGCGCAUCUGACCCGCGAUGACGCCGCCGUCGCCGCAGCACCCUGGAGUGGCAACCAAAAAGCCGGAGACUUUAUGGGAGCAUGGGGCGGCAUCGCCUCGGUCGGCCUCGGCCUGCCCAUUCUCCACACGGCGGCCAAGCGCCGCUCCGAGGCCACCGGCGGCAAUCUCACCAUUGUAGACAUGGUGCGUCUCUGCUGCCGCGCGACGGCCGAGCACGUCGGCCUGGCGGACCGCAAGGGCGCGCUGCGGGAGGGCAUGGACGGCGACGUUUGCGUGUUUGACGACGCCGACGUGUGGACCCUGGCGCAGGGCGACAUGCGGUGGAAGAACCGCUUCUCGCCCUGGGAGGGCCACGAGUUCGUCGGCCGCGUCAGGGAGACGUGGCUCCGUGGGCGCAAGAUCUUUGAGCUGGGGCAAGGGGAUGGAGGGUUCGUGGUGGAGAAGCCCCUGGGCGAGUCCAUCACGGAGAAGAGGGCUUUUUGA